AAUUGUGUGAACCGCGAGUAAAUAGCAAAUCUAAGAAAUCAUUUGGAAUAUUGAGCAUUAAGUCAUCUAAAACUAAGAGCUGAUGCUGUUUAAUCAGUUCAGUUUCUGGAACCCCGUUAUAAGUAGUUAUUCCCAUUUCUUUAAGCUUGAAGACAGUUUCAUUCAUUUCUCCAAAACAAUAUAAUAUUUUUGAAGGAGGAGGAUCUAUGAUCUGGUCAGCAUGCAUCAGAAAUUUUAGCAGCCAUUGGGUUUUGCCACUCCCCGUGGCACCCGAAAUUAUCAUAGUGAAAGGAGCUAUAAACAUUUUGUUUGAAUUUAAAUUCUUGUAAUUAUUUAUAUAGGACCUAAAAUAUGUAUCAAAAAGCAGUUAUUCAAAAUGUGGUAUCUACAGCCAGUCUGUUAGAAAAUAACAACAAAUUAGAUCUUGCGCAUCUUGAAUCUAAGAUUCCUAAUGCUAGAUAUCGUCCUGAGCGCUUUUCUGCUCUAACAAUUAAAAUUAAAGAGCCAAUAAUGGCUACAGCACUACUUUUUGCGAAUGGAAGAAUAGUUUGUGUCGGAACGAAAUCAGUAAAUGACUCUAAAAACGCUAUCAUAUAUUUUGUCAAACUAAUUUCUGUGGCAUCAACAAUAUUAAUUAAUAUGCGAGAUUUCAUUAUUCAAAAUAUGGUCUCUUCGUUUACAUUUUCAGGAACUCUAAAUUUACCAGGUAUCUUAAUUUUUGCUUAA